CAUAAACAUUUUCACAGCUUGUCAUCAUGGCGCAUCCUAGAGAAAAAGCAAUAACUGAUUACCGGAAGAAAUUGCUUGAACACAAGGAAUUAGAUGCCCGUUUGAAAGAAAUGAGAGAGCAUCUAAAGGAGCUAACCAAGAAAUAUGACAAGUCUGAAAAUGAUCUGAAGGCUCUACAGAGUGUUGGUCAGAUUGUAGGUGAGGUCUUGAAGCAACUGACUGAAGAAAAAUUCAUUGUAAAGGCAACGAAUGGGCCUCGCUAUGUGGUAGGCUGCAGACGAGGCCUUGAUAAAACAAAGCUCAAGCAAGGUACAAGGGUAGCCCUCGAUAUGACAACAUUGACUAUUAUGAGGUACCUACCACGUGAGGUUGAUCCAUUAGUGUAUAACAUGUCUCAUGAAGAUCCUGGUGAUAUCUCCUACUCAGCCAUCGGUGGUCUAGCUGAACAGAUCAGAGAACUCAGAGAGGUUAUUGAACUACCACUGUUGAAUCCGGAACUGUUUGAAAGAGUUGGAAUCACACCACCUAAAGGCUGUCUGUUGUAUGGUGCACCAGGAACUGGGAAGACCUUGCUUGCGAGGGCAGUUGCCAGUCAGUUGGAUGCAAAUUUUCUCAAGGUUGUUUCCAGUGCUAUAGUAGACAAGUAUAUUGGUGAGAGCGCCCGGCUGAUCAGGGAGAUGUUUGCCUACGCCAGGGAUCAUGAACCGUGUGUUGUCUUCAUGGAUGAGAUCGAUGCUAUAGGAGGUAGAAGAUUCUCAGAAGGCACCUCGGCUGAUAGAGAGAUCCAGAGAACUCUCAUGGAGUUGUUGAAUCAGAUGGAUGGUUUUGACACUCUUGGUAAAGUAAAGAUUAUCAUGGCAACCAACAGACCUGAUACGUUAGAUCCUGCUCUCCUAAGACCGGGUAGACUUGAUAGGAAAAUUGAAAUUCCACUUCCUAAUGAGCAAGCCAGACUGGAGAUUCUAAAGAUCCAUGCAGCUCCCAUUACAAAGCAUGGUGAUAUAGAUUUUGAAGCUGUAGUGAAGCUCUCAGAUGGAUUCAAUGGUGCUGAUCUCAGGAACGUUUGUACAGAAGCAGGUAUGUUUGCUAUCAGGGCAGAACGAGAGUAUGUGGUGGACGAGGACUUCAUGAAGGCAGUCAGGAAAGUCUCGGAUAACAAGAAACUGGAAACCAAACUAGAUUAUAAACCCGUAUAAUACUACAUGAACCGUAGUAUUAUUUUCCUUAUGUAAUGUAAUGGUUGUCUAGACUAUCAUUUAUUGCCUUCAGUCGAAUGUAGGUGGUAGAGACUUUAAAGACAAGUUUUCAUACUGCAGUUACUAUAUCCAGCUUCAGAGUGCAGGGCCCAUUUCAUGUGUUGAACUCUCCAGGGUCCUGUUACGUAAAGGACAAUUCCACCCCAACAAAAAGUUAGUUUGAAUAAAAAGGGAAAAUCAAACAAGCACAACACCGAAAAUUUCAUUGAAAUUGGAUGUAAAAUAAGAAAGUUAUAACGUGUUAAAAAUUUCGAUUAACUUCACAAAAUAGUUGAAUACACGUCCUGGUCGGUAUGCAAAUGAGGAGACUGAUGAAAUCGUCAACUCUCUUUUUCUUUUGUAUUUCAUUACAUGGAAUAUGAAAUAUUCUAAUUUUCU